AUGGAUGUUUGGAGUGCAGGUUUCAAUGGUUUCGAACAAAUUUUACGACAACAGCGACAUGAAAGUGUAAUAUCAAUCCCUACACGUAUAAAAUCUAGAAGUCGAAUAUCACAGAUCGUUGGUUCGUGGUCACAACUCGCAUUCAUCUAUGAUCAUGGCAACAUUUUCACUUCUCCAUCAUUGGAAAAGGAUGAGACUGAGAAAGGUAGUAAUGGAGAGGGUAAACAAAGUGAAAAUUCAAAGCAGUUAUGUAAGAGUUUAACAUGUUUCAACGACCAAAUUGUGGCUAUGUUUGAUAAUGGCUGUAUCAAAAUAUUGACAUCUUGUGGCAUGAGGGGUGUGAACUGUAGUGAUACGGAGGUCAUCACUAAUAGUGACUUAAACAACAGAUCUUUGGACUUUGUCAACCAACAACCACAUGGUACCACAGGUACUAAGAGCAUCCAUGGCACAGACAAGGAAUUACUGUUUCUUGAAGAGACUGGAAAACUAAGCUGUUGCACCCUUACAAAUCUUGAUACCACGGACUGGAUUAUUUCCACUUCAACACCUGUUUUAUGUGCCGAGCCUAUAGUGGCUGUUAGCUGUGGAAAGGAACAUGUGCUUUUAUUAGGCCAGAACAGGCAGAUUUACUCCUAUGGAGGAGGCAGUCGUGGUCAAUUAGGCCAUGGAAAUGUUGUGGACCAGAAAGAGCCACAGCUUGUGGAGGCACUCGCAGGUGUGGGCUUUUGCUCAGUGGCAUCUGGCGGAUGGCAUUCUGUGGCAUUGUCAGAUAUUGGAGAUGUUUGGGUAUGGGGUUGGAAUGAGAGUGGACAACUUGGAUUGCCAUGUAGUAAAAAUGACAGUGAUAGGAAAUCCCGGCAUAGCAAAUCUCCAGAUCAUUCCGAGGUAGAUGUUCCACAUAGCAAAUCUCCAGAUCAUUCCGAGGUAGAUGUUCCACAUAGCAAAUCUCCAGAUCACUCCGAGGUAGAUGUUCCACAUAGCAAAUCUCCAGAUCACUCCGAGGUAGAUGUUCCACAUAGCAAAUCUCCAGAUCAUUCCGAGGUAGAUGUUCCACAUAGCAAAUCUCCAGAUCACUCCGAGGUAGAUGUUCCACAUAGCAAAUCUCCAGAUCACUCCGAGGUAGAUGUUCCACAUAGCAAAUCUCCAGAUCACUCCGAGGUAGAUGUUCCACAUAGCAAAUCUCCAGAUCAUUCCGAGGUAGAUGUUCCACAUAGCAAAUCUCCAGAUCACUCCGAGGUAGAUGUUCCACAUAGCAAAUCUCCAGAUCACUCCGAGGUAGAUGUUCCACAAAAGAAAACCCAAGCUGUCAACAAAUUAGGAACAGACAACAAACUUAUCAAUAAUCAAGCUUCAUCAUCAUCAUCAUCAUCAUCAUCAUCAUCAUCAUCAUCAUCAUCAUCAUCAUCAAGUAUCACACCAGAUUUCAUUAGUUCACCUUCUUCCCAGCCAAAGUCACUAGCCAGUAUGGAAAGUCAUGUGUAUAUCCAGAAUUGUGAUGUGUCCCAUGUUCAAGUCCAGAAUGAACCUUGUGGCCUAGACCUCCAGGAUAUCACAGUCAGCGUAAUCAGUUGUGGAACUCGACAUACUGCACUUCUAACAGAUGUAGGAGUUGUGUUAACCUGUGGAUGGAACAAGUAUGGACAGUUAUGUCAUGGUGAUACAAUGAACAGAGACUUUCUUCAAUCUGUUGAACUCUUUGUGAAACAGAAUUUAAAAGUUACAGGUAUUCAGUGUGGCCAAUGGAACACUAUCAUCACAACACAAAGAAAUCAAGGACAUGAUUCUUUGCCAAUGAAGGAAUACUUGUCACAUGGACAUUUGUCCUGACAAAAAAAAGAAAAUGUAAAA